AUGUCUGUUGCUCCUGCCAUCGAGACAGCCAAUGGCUUCCUCACACCUCCUACCAAUGCCGAGACACUCUCCUUGUUCGUGCCUGCCAGCCCCGAAGCCGAAGAGAUCAACAAGCGCCUUACAUCAAACCCUCUUGCCGAGUCUCUACGCGCAAAUCCACAAUGGAACGAGUCUAGACCGCAUCUGAAGAUUCCUGCCAACAUGAGAUCGCAUAACCUGACAGCGGGUACCUUGCAAGGAGACGACAUGCUUGCCUCGCCGCCUCUCACUUUUGCAAACACAAAGACUGAGCUGCCCUCGAUUGUGCAGAUUGCCCACCUCGGCGAAAAGUUGUGCGGACACCCUACAAUCAUUCACGGAGGUAUGCUCGCUACUCUUCUGGACGAAGGUCUUGCUCGUGCCUGUUUCCCUGCUCUGCCCAACAAGGUGGGCGUCACGGCGAGCUUGAACAUCACAUACAAAAAGCCCUGCCCGUCGAACAGCUUCAUUGUGCUCAGAGCAGAGACUACCAAGGUCGAUGGCAGAAAAGCAUGGGUCAAGGGCUGUAUCGAGCUUUUGGGCGACGGUGUCGAAGAGGGCGAGCAUUUGGUCGAGGCUGAGGCCUUGUUCAUCGAGCCCAGGGGUGCAAAGAACAUGGCUAGACUCUACUCAGACGAUGAGUGA